GUUCUUACUGUCAGACUCUCAAUCUGACGCAGUGCAUCCCGACGCUCAGCAUCCUUCAGCGCGCAGCAUCCAACAACGGCCUGGACCGAGGACACCGCGUACCGUAGAGAUGUAGCCAUGAAUCAUCCACAUUAUAUCAGCUAAACCAAGGACCGUCGACAUUUAUUGUUUAUUCCACGACUGUUAUCCGGAUCGCAGCGCACCCAACCCUCAAAAUGGCUGAGAUCACUGAAAUACGCGCGGCGUACGAUAUGUCCCCAGUGCUGGCGGGGUUUAUCGGUGCCGGUGUGUUGGUCGUUGCAGUCAUUGCAUUAAUCUUUGUGUGGACUUGCUGUCAGAAACAUUACAACAGGACGAACUACAAGCUUCAUGGAAUCCAAUCGGAACAAAGUGAUCCUCUCACAGACCCACCGUACAGGUUUAUUCACAUGCUGAAAGGAAUGAGCAUCUACCCCGACACUCUUAACAGCAGCAAGAGGAUCAUACGAGUGGCACGACAGGCCAGAUCCCAGACCACCGAUGGGGCUCAAAGCAACAAGGGCCGCCCAGUGGUGCUGGUAGAUAUGGAUUCGGCAGCAGAAAGCGGCCUGCUGGGAGAGAAACAAAUGCAGAUGAGGCUCGGGGAAAGUGGCCAUGAGGUUCCCAAGCUGGAGAGGGAACUUCCUGUGCAUGCGGAUUACUGCUGUCUGGACAGCAGCUCUGCCAGCAGCAGUCAGACCUCCAGUACUACGGUUUCCAGCACGGCUACACCCUUCACCCCCGCAGAAGAGCCCAGCCGAGGAGAUCUCAGCAUCGCAAUCGAUUAUAACUUCCCCAAGAAGGCCUUGGUGGUCACCAUCCUGGAGGCUCGGGGGUUACCGGCCGUAGAAGGUCACGUGGGCAGUGCCGACCCCUAUGUGAAGAUGACCAUUCUCCCCGAGAAGAAACAUCGCGUUAAGACUCGGGUCCUGAGGAAGACUCUGGAACCUGCGUUUGAUGAGACCUUCACAUUUUAUGGUGUGCCGUACAGCUCCCUGUCGGAUCUCACUCUGCACUUCCUGGUGCUGAGCUUUGACCGGUUCUCACGAGACGAUGUGAUCGGGGAGGCGAUGGUUCCGCUGGCAGGUGUGGAUCCGAGUACAGGCCGGGUCCAUAUUACGCAACAGAUCACAAAGAGAAGUAUGCAGUGUGUGAGCCGUGGAGAGCUACUGGUCUCUCUUUCCUAUCAGCCUGUUUCUCACAGACUGAGUGUGGUGGUGUUAAAAGCAAAACACCUUCCAAAAUUGGACAUCACUGGCCUAUCUGGAAAUCCGUAUGUGAAGUUGAAUGUGUUCUAUGGCCACAAGCGCAUUGCCAAGAAGAAAACGCAUGUGAAGAAAUGCACGCUCAAUCCAGUCUUUAACGAAUCCUUCAUCUAUGACGUGCCGGCUGAGUUGCUUCCAGACAUCUCUAUUGAGUUCCUGGUCAUGGACUUUGACCGCACUACUAAAAACCAGGCCUUGGGACGCCUGGUACUCGGUGCAAACAGCCCCUGCCCCUCGGGAGCUGCCCACUGGCAGGAGGUCUGCCAAAACCCACGCCGCCAAAUCUCAAAGUGGCACACGCUCAAUGAAUAUUAGAGCUUCACCACAAUCUCUCUCCACACACACGCUCAAACACAGGCACACAGGAAGCAUUCAAUAACAAGAGAGAGAGAGUUCUGGGAAAAGAUGCCUUUUUGUUACCAUCACUACACAGAAGGUAACUGAUUAUCAGGAGGACUUGUAAAAAAAAAAAAGACUUAAGCCAACUUUUACGUCAUUGCUAAUGCGAUGAUGGGCCUCGGAAAUGAAUCUUUUUAAAGUACACAUUUACUUUCUCACUCAGUUGCUCACAUAUACACACACAUACACACUGCCUGAACACAAACAUACAUGAGAAAUAAUAAACGAGACCAAAAUUACAAAAAAACAUUGACUGUUAGGAAUUUAUGAGGUUUGGGAUUCUGUAACUGUCCUAAUAAAACUUAACGCAUGUCUUGACGCUCCAUAUCUCACUCCAGAACAGGACAUUGUGUGGAUUUGUGAUGCUGGUGCACAUUAAACAGGCUCUUUUUUGAGGCAUCUGAUUUCCGGAUGUUUGUGGAAGGAGUUUGUUUUGAAGGAGCUUGUGACGAGCGUCUUCUGAUAUGUACUGAUUCUCCACUGUCUGAGAAAUGCACUGAAGUGACACAGAGGCUGUAUGAUCUAUGCUAAAGUAUGAAUUGUUCUGUUAUGCUUUGGCUGGAGAUGUUUCGGAAAUUCCUGCUGUGUCACAUUCUCCACAGCUACAAGUUGAGUCAUGUGAUUGUACAACAAUAACCCUAUUGGCAGCACUAUGGGCCUGAUUUAUUGCUUGAGCAAUGAUUUCAUCAUACACUUUGAAUAAAUCUGGCCCUGAACAACUUAAUCUGCACUGCUAUGCUACAAACUCACUCUGAAUGUCACUGUCUGUAUGAAUUUCAUACACCAGAGCUUCACUUCACAUAAAACAGUGGCUCACUGUUUCGUAGACUGUACUAGCCAAUGUCAUCAGAUGGCCUUUUUAAGGUGAAUUGGAUUCACUUUCAUUUUAAAUCCUGUGUGAUAUAGAGAUAGACAAAGAGGUGUGUUCGUAGUUUGGAGCUGGAAAGCUCUGGUAUAUUACGGGGUCGUUCUGAGCCCUUUGGCGUGAUGUUUGGGAAAUGGAAGAAUGUAGCAUUUUGUCAUUUGUAGUUCAUAAAGUCAAGGGGGAAGAUGUUCAUGUAAAUCUAUCAAUAACAAUCUGUUCUUCUAGCAUACCUCCUUCACCUCAGUUUGACUUUUUUGUCUUAUACCACUUUGUCACCUGGGCCUUUAUCUCUGAUUGGUGCUCUUCACUGUUAAUUUACCAAGUCUGAGGUCUGAAUCUGGCAUACUGUGUUUCAUGUGGCGUUAGAAUUAAGAUUGGGAACCAAAAAUCAGAAAGAAAAAAAAAAUACUGGAAACAAAUGACGUUUAAUGAUUCUCACAUGUGCAAUUUUUGCUAACAUUGAAUUAAAAAAUUCUGUCAGUUUCCUGUUUUAUAAAUUUCCUACACAAUUUAUUCAGCAGUGAUAUAACACUGCUACUGAAUGUACAGUGUGAAACAUAUAGAGAGCCCAGUGUACUCCAAUUACAGAAUAAAUGGCUCAUGAUUCAGUCCUUGUAUUGAAUCGAAACCAUAUAGUGUGACCAGUGUAGUAUGAAUCUCAAACAAAUAAUGAGUCCGAUCUUUUUAAUGAAUCAAAAACAUACAGCACAAUUUAGUGCGACUCCCAAAAAGGACACUGAGAUAAAAUUCAGGCAAUUUUUACUGAAUAAAAAUCAUUUAGCACAACCAGUAUACUAGGAUUCCUGAACAAAUGAAUCUAAUGAGUAGGUUCUUUUAAUGUAUCGAAUACACAACACAACUACAAGUACACACUCUUAAAAAUAAAGGUUCUUUAUUGGCAUUGAUGGUUCCAUGAAGAACCUUAACAUCCAACAUUUUUUUUUCUUUUUAGAAAUGUUCAUUUAAAGGUUCUUUGGGGAACCAAAAAUGGUUCUUAUAUUGCAUUGCUGCAAAAAACCAAUUUUGGAACCUUUAUUUUUAAGUAUAUGACAACAUGUAGUUACUGGUUGUGUAGUUUAAAAAUACAUAUUAUGUGUUUUGUUAUUAGUAUUUCAUAAAUAUUAAUAAAUAAAAUCUGAACCAAAACCAAAACUAUUACAUUAUUCUAGAAUUCCAUCCCAAGCAGGAAAUAUGCCCAGGAUUCAGGAGACCCAGCAGAGCAGGGACAAUAAUAGAUCUGGGAAACACACAAUGUCACUUCCUAUACAUUCAUCCAAACAUUCCUGAUCAAUUCCCCACAAAUUAGCCUCUAGUGGUAAGCUAUGGAUGUGUAUGGCACAUGGUUUGUCUAUCAUAGAGAUGUUAAGAUUCUAAACUGUAAUUCUGGAUGGAAAAACACUUCUUUCCAUUCAAGCUUUUUACAUGCUUAAGCCACACUCCCUGUAAAAAAGCGCACCCUAUCCACCCAGUAAUGUCUUUCGUAUAGAAGAUACUUUGUUUCGGAUCACUGGUACACUGUAAUAAAAAUAAAAAGUUGAGCAAACUUAAAAACUUUUUGCUGUAUAAACUUAAAACAAGUUGAGAAAACUCAAAAAUCUGCUGAAGCUGGUUGCCUUAAAUGUUGAACUUCUCUCAACUUUUGAUUUUUUACAGCACUGUAAAAAAAAAAAAUUAAAUAAAAAGUUGAGCAAACUUAAAAGUUUAAGGCAACCAGCUUGAGCAGAUUUUUGAGUUUUCUCAACUUGUUUUAAGUUUAUACAAAAAAGUUGAGAAAACUCAAAAAUCUACAAAAAUCUGCUGAAGCUGGUUUGCUCAACUUUUUUUCUUCUUUUUUUUUUUUUACAGUGUAUGACAAAAUGGAAAGAUAUUAAAAUAUUCAGUCCAUGUGACUAACAACACACAGGAGAAGAAAAAAAAAACAAUAGAUUAAAAAAGUAUUUAAAAAAAAAUCAUGUGACCUAUACACAAUCACUUUGGUGUUCAAAAAUUAAUUGGCAGGAAAAAUGUUGUAUUAGUGCAAACUAAAAAAAAUCUUGUGAGUAUUUGACAUAUACUGUACUGCAAAAUGCUGUGAGAUCUCUGCUAAUGUUACACAUCCACCUGUAUGUUACUGUUCUUAACACCCACUGAAUGUGCAAAAUAAACGUGAUACACAAUUGAA